AAGAUCAGUCUGUGUACGACAUUUGAUCAGAAAAUAUGAAAUUAACAUUUGCAUUAGUCGGUUUAGUUUGCUGCGGAUGCAUAGCAUUGGCAGAAGAAGUUGUGGAUAAUAAACAAAAGAAACGUUCUAUUGGAGAUGACCUUUAUGGAUUUGGAUUAUCGGACACAUCAAUUUCAUCCCACACACAUACUCAUACAACAGCUGUUGUCGAUAGACCCGUACCUUAUCCAGUUCCUAUAACAACAACUAAAUUUAUUCAACCUGCCGUUACGAAAAUCAUCAGCCCAGCCAUAACAUCAACUAAAAUCAUUUCUCCAUCAACAUUUUCAUCGGCAUAUACUUUAGGAUCAUCAUAUCCAUCGUUAUCGUCAUAUCCAUCGUCAUUAUCAUCAUAUCCAUAUUAUGGUCUUGGAUAUGGAAAAUAUUAUGGUGGUUUUGGAAAGUAUAACUAUCCUUCAUUCACAAAAUAUCCAAGUUUUGGAAAAUAUUAUUCAUCAAGCGUCUAUCCAUCAAUCUAUUCAAAACCAUCCUAUUCACCAUCAAUUUACAAGUGGUAAAGUUUGAAAAUUGGAUGAAUCUGAAUGUUUGCAUAAUGCUCAAUCAUGUAUUCAUCUAUUUUUGUUAAUUUUUCUUACAUUUAAAAUUAAAAUGUAUUUUACUGCUCUAUUAAGGGGGUUCGUUCAUAAGUGAUGUUUGCUUCCUUUGUCUUGUUCCUUCAAGUAUCCUUAGUUCCAGAUCCCAACACUCUUCCUUACUCCCUUCCUUAAAUUCCAAUUAUUCCAAAGACGUCAUUUCUGAACGCUUCCCGAGCAAAUAACCCCAUUUAGUACAUUGAAUCAUUUUAUAUCCAUUGAGUCAUUACUUGAUUUCAACUCACAAAUGUAUUCAAAUAUUAUUCAUAGUUCUUUUUUGAUGUUUAUCGUCGAU